AUGGCUUUGCUUGCUAAAACUAAAGGUUUUAUUAAACCUGAAAAGAAAGAGGUUGAUCAAAAACCAAAAAAUGUUGCAAAUGUUAUAUCCAAUAAAACUCCUCCAAAUCCAGCUGGUGAUAUUGCAAAAGAACGUGCAAGAACAGAUUGGGAUCCAAAAGAAAUGCAUGAAUUUUUAGAAGGUAAUGAAAAAAAAUCAAAUGAAGUUUUAAGAUUAUAUCAAUCAAUUGAAAGAGAUCCUGUUUUACAAACAAAAGCAGAAUAUUUUGAUAUAACUCAAAAAGAAGAAAGAGAAUUGGUUGCUUUAAGAAUUAAUCAAAUGACUAAAUUUAUUGAAACCGAACCAUAUAAAAAAUUUAGAAGAAGAUUACAAUUAAUGACUGUUAUUGAUCCUUCCUUAGGUAUCAGAAUGUUGGUUAAUUUAGGUUUAUUUUUGAAUUGUAUUAAAGGUAAUGGUACUCAAAAACAAUAUGAUUAUUGGGCUAAAAGUAAAGAAUCUGGUGUUGUUAAACAAAUGUAUGGUUGUUUUGGUAUGACCGAAUUGGGCCAUGGUUCAAAUGUUGCAGGUUGUGAAACUACUGCUACUUUUGAUGAAGAAACUGAUUCUUUCUUAAUUGAUACUCCACAUAUUGGUGCUACUAAAUGGUGGAUUGGUGGUGCUGCUCAUUCAGCUACUCAUACCGUUUGUUAUGCAAGAUUAAUUGUUAAAGAUAUUGAUUAUGGUGUCAAGACAUUUAUUGUUCCAUUAAGAGAUUCUCAACAUAAUUUAUUACCAGGUAUUGCUAUUGGUGAUAUUGGUGCUAAAAUGGGUAGACAAGGUGUUGAUAAUGGUUGGAUUCAAUUUACUGAAGUUAGAAUUCCAAGAUUUUUCAUGUUACAAAGAUGGUGUAAAGUUAAUAAACAUGGUAAUGUUACUUUACCACCAUUGGAACAAUUAUCUUAUAUUUCUUUAUUAGAAGGUAGAGUUGGUAUGGCUACUGAUUCUUAUAGAAUAGGUGCAAGAUUUACUACAAUUGCUUUAAGAUAUGCUGUUGGUAGAAGACAAUUUGCAAAACCUGGUAAAAAAGAAGAAUCUCAAUUAAUUGAUUACAUGUUACAUCAAAGAAGAUUAUUACCAUAUUUAGCUUUAACUUAUGCAGCUGCAGUUGGUACUUAUAGAUUAGAAAAAGAACAUGAUUUAUUAUUAGAAAACUUGGAUAAAGCUUUAGCAACUAAUGAUAAAUUAUUAUUGAAAAAUACUAUUAAUUCAACUAAAUCAAUGUUUGUUGAUUCAGCUUCUUUAAAAUCUACUUUAACUUGGGAUGCUGCUGAUUUAAUUGAUCAAUGUAGACAAGCUUGUGGUGGUCAUGGUUAUUCAUCAUAUAAUUCAUUUGGUAAAUCAUUUAACGACUGGGUUGUUCAAUGUACUUGGGAAGGUGAUAAUAAUGUUCUUGCAAUGUCUGCUGGUAAAACAAUUAUAAAGAACGUUCAACAAAUUUUAAAUAACAAGAAAUUAAAAGAUCAUACAAUGGAAUUUUUAAAUGAUGCUUCAACUUUAUCAAAAGCUAAAAAAGCAGUUAUUAGAAUUAAAGAACACGUUGAUGAUCCAGAACGUGUAUUAAAAGCAAUUGCAGGUUUAAUUUCAAAAUUUGCUGUUGAUUUAAUUCCAAUUUCUCAUCAAACUUGGGAUGCAAUUGGUGCUCAAAGAGUUAUCUUAUCAAAAUUAAGAUGUCAUUAUUAUUUAUUAGAAUCAUUUAAUGAUAAAUUAGAACAGGAUGUUAAAGCAAAAUCACCAACAAGACCACAUUUGGAAAAUGUCAUGAGAUUAUAUUACGUUACAAAUAUCUUAGGUCCAUUUAUUGGUGAAUUUUUAAGAUUUGGUGUUAUUUCUCCAAAAGUUGCUUCUUAUAUUACUCAACAAUAUCCACAAGAAUUAUGUCAAAAAGUUAGACCUUAUGUUAUUGGUUUAACUGAUUCAUUCCAACAACCAGAUAACUUUAUUAAUUCAUUAAUUGGUAAAUACAAUGGUGAUAUUUACAAUAACUACUUGGGUGAAGUUAAAUCAAUUAAUAAUCCAGCUACUCAUAAAGCUCCAUAUUCAGAAGAAUUUGAACAAAACUUAAAGAGAGUUGCUUUAGAUGAAAGAGAACAUUUUAGUAAAACGGCCGAAGUUGCUAAGAAAUUAUCGCAAUAA